UGUGCUCGAUGAAGUCCUCAAAUCUCCUCUGGCAAGCUGAUGAACUGCCAGCAGACAAGAAGACUCGAUAAUAUUGGUUACCAACACCCGGACUGCGGGAUGAUAAUGACUGGCGGGGGUCUCCUGCAUGAUCCCUGUCAGUGUCAGCGCUUAGAGAAGUGCUUUGUGACCGCUACAUCCAAUCAUCUUCUCUCAAGCCAUUGCGACCAUCAGUGCAACCGCUGGAACGGGGAACCUUGCCUUCUUCCCAUCUCGAAUCAGACUGUCCAUCACCGUCCGAUCAUUCCAACACCGCAUGCAUCGCUAGCAUUGUCACUCAUGGCCAUGUCCAGUCAGGGCGUUUCCAACUCUCUGGGCGGUUGUCCUCGACGGGCUAAUCAUACCCUGCAUACUGCCAUACAUGGUACAACGAAGCAUCUAUAACCUCCGCAAUGGCCGCUAUGGUUGCCCCCUCUGAGACCUUCACCUCGUCGACCAGGCCUGUACCAAGGCCUUGCUUACCCUCGAGUUCAAAUCGACCACCACCUCAGAGACAGCUGUCGAGCUGUUGCUGUUCGAAGACCACUUGACUGUGCCCUCUUCUGUGACGCCCGUUGAUCGGAAAUAUACACCACAUACUUGCCAGCAUGCUUUCGCGAUCGAUAUUCACCCUCCUCUCCCUCCUCGGUCUUGUAUCCGCACAUAUUGUCAUAAAUUAUCCGGGAUGGAGAGGUGACAAUCUUCAUUCAAAUGGAACGGUACAAGAGUCCAAUGGGCUAGAAACUGCCCUACAGGGAGACAACUACAUCUGGCCGUAUGGAAUGCAAUGGUCAUAUCCAUGCGGAGGUAUGCCCACUUCUACGAACCGCACCAAAUGGCCCAUCAAGGGUGGCGCAGUCUCCUUCCAGCCAGGCUGGUUUACUGGCCACGGCACUGCCUUCAUAUACCUCAACAUGGGCUUUGGAACGAUCCCGCCAAACAUGUCCAAUGUCAUGGUCAAUGGCAUCCAAAUCAUCGGUCCCACGAAAGAUCCCUACCCGGGCACAUUCUGCCUUCCUCAAGUCCCCCUUCCCGCCAACGCUUCGGUCAAAGUUGGUGACAAUGCAACUAUUCAGGUCAUUGAGACGGCGGUGCAUGGUGCGGCAUUGUACAGCUGUGUCGAUAUCACGUUUGCCGAGCCGGAAGACGUGCCUGAAGUCAAUGCCAGCAAUUGCUUCAACUCGACUCAGAUCUCCAGCUCUUUGAUCUUUACGACGACGGACUUGCAGAGUGCGGCAGACUUGUCGGUAUCCACGAACCGAUACAGUUACAUCACUACAACAUUGGUGGUGCUCAUUGGUCUGAUGGUGCUAUGAGGAGAUGAGUGCAGAGAAGAGGAGGAUGAUCAUUGCACAAGGACCGGUUCUGCUGCAGGACCCGACGUCUCUACGGGCUGAGGCCGGUUCUCAACGCACUGAGUAUCAAAAUCAAAGAGCAGCUUGGGCUGCAAGGAUGGUGGCCUCGACACAGUCCAUAUUAGGAUGGCUUCUCAUUGGCAUAUCACCAGCUUGCAGUCACCAGCAUCUUGCAUGAUACGGGUGGGAGCUUUACCUUGCCUGAUAAAGCACAGUUCAAGGGGAUCUCGCUUAUGCACAACGAGUGCACGACUCUGUCCCAGCGACCAACAAGCAGAGCACUUCCAGCUUGACUGCACAUCUGCUUCGACGACCCGCUUCCCACGUCAGAGUCGGGGGCGGAGACUGUGUGGUGUUGCCAGAGACAGAGAUAGAGACGGAGACGGAGACGAAGAUGAGGGCUUCCUGUCAUAUGAACCUGGCUUAUAUGGCGUUCAGAGAGAUGUCCAUAUUCAUUUGUCACAUAUUUAGUAGACUAAUCCAUCUCUUUACCCUGUACGGUCGAUUGAAACCUAC